AUGACGUUGGACGCCCCGCAGGACAUGUCGAGAAGGUCUGUGUUACCCAAGCGCUGCGGUGAUGAGUUUCGCUCCGGCAGAUGUUGGCUCGUCGGGCCAUUAAUGAGCCUUGGCCGGGAAGUGGGAGCAGCUGCAAUACAUGUGUCCCAUGACGAGGUGGUAGAUGCAAGUCUUGCAUGGACGACGACACCCAGCUUGUCAUCCACCUGGUUAACAGUGCCCGCCCCUCAGUCAUCCACCUGGUUAACAGUGUCCGCCUCUCAGUCAUCCACCUGGUUAACAGUGUCCGCCCCUCAGUCAUCCACCUGGUUAACAGUGUCCACCUCUCAGUCAUCCACCUGGUUAACAGUGUCCGCCUCUCAGUCAUCCACCUGGUUAACAGUGUCCGCCCCUCAGUCAUCCACCUGGUUAACAGUGCCCGCCUCUCAGUCAUCCACCUGGUUAACAGUGCCCGCCCCUCAGUCAUCCACCUGGUUAACAGUGCCCGCCCCUCAGUCAUCCACCUGGUUAACAGUGUCCGCCCCUCAGUCAUCCACCUGGUUAACAGUGUCCGCCCCUCAGUCAUCCACCUGGUUAACAGUGUCCGCCCCUCAGUCAUCCACCUGGUUAACAGUGUCCGCCCCUCAGUCAUCCACCUGGUUAACAGUGUCCGCCUCUCAGUCAUCCACCUGGCUAACAGUGUCCGCCCCUCAGUCAUCCACCUGGUUAACAGUGUCCGACCCUCAGUCAUCCACCUGGCUAACAGUGCCCGCCCCUCAGUCAUCCACCUGGUUAACAGUGUCCGCCCCUCAGUCAUCCACCUGGUUAACAGUGCCCGCCCCUCAGUCAUCCACCUGGUUAACAGUGCCCGCCCCUCAGUCAUCCACCUGGCUAACAGUGCCCCCCUCAGCCCCUGGCUAA